CGCGGCCGCCGCCCGGCCCACGUGUCCUCCGCGGGCCACCGUCCUGCAGCCGGCACUCGGGCUUCCGGGGUACUCGUGAGCGCCAGCCAGCGCGCUCCCGAGGUCUCCCUGCGCGCUCUCUCUCCUUGCGACAGCUCUGCGGCUCGGUACCAAAAAAUGUCAUCUGAAAUGUUGCCAGAAUUUAUUGAGACUAACAUUGAAAGAAAGCAAGACUUAAGUGAAUAUCCAGAGGAAAACCAGAAGCCAAAACUUGACGAAGGGCUAGAACCAAUGUCAAAACGGCAAAUGAAGAAAUUAAUUAAACAGAAGCAGUGGGAAGAACAAAGAGAACUCCGCAAACAAAAGCGGAAAGAAAAACGCAAGCGAAAGAAAUUAGAGCGACAGUGUCAGCAGGAAUCAAACUCAGAUGGAAAUGACAGGAAACGUAUCCGGAGAGAUGCUGCUCACAGUGCUCUCCGCCUGAUCAUCGACUGCAGUUUUGACAGCUUGAUGGCACUAAAGGACAUUAAGAAACUCCAUAAGCAGAUUCAACGAUGUUAUGCAGAAAACCGCCGAGCAUCACAUCCUGUGCAGUUUUACCUGACAAGUCAUGGAGGUCAAUUGAAAAAGAACAUGGAUGAAAAUGACAAAGGAUGGGUCAAUUGGAAGGAUAUCCACAUCAACCCAGAGCACUAUAGUGAAUUCAUAAAGAAAGAAGACCUGAUUUACCUUACAUCAGACUCACCUAAUGUACUGCAGGAAUUAGACGAAUCAAAGGCCUAUGUGAUUGGAGGGUUAGUAGAUCACAACCAUCACAAGGGACUCACAUAUAAACAAGCCUCAGAUCAUGGAAUUGGUCAUGCACAGCUCCCCCUUGGAAAUUUUGUGAAGAUGAAUAGUAGAAAAGUUUUGGCAAUUAAUCAUGUGUUUGAGAUUAUUCUGGAGUACCUGAAAACAAGAGACUGGCAAGAAGCCUUUUGCACUAUAUUACCCCAGCGGAAAGGAGCUGUUCCUGCAGACAAAACUUGUGGAAGUUCUUCUAGUGACAAGAAAUUGGCGAGUGUCGAAUGUAGAUUGGACAGUGAUUCCAGUGAAGAGGAAAAGAGUGGAAAUGAACAAGACCUAUCACAUGAAGAAGAGAAAUAGAAUAAAGAAAAUGGCUUUGGACCUAUAUUGAAUUCUGUUCCACAGUGAUGUUAUCUGGCUUUUUGGAUUUUUUUUCUUUUGGGUCAUACCUGGCGAUGCUCAGGGGUUACUCCUGGCUCUGCACUCAGGAAUUACUCCUGGUGGUGCUCAGGGGACCAUAUGGGAUGCUGGGAAUCAAACCAGAGUCAGCUGCGUGCAAGGCAAACGCCCUACCUGUUGAACUAUUGCUCCAGCCCUGCUGUUUUUAUUUUUGUUGAAGAAAAAAAUUAGAAAAUAGGUGCUUUAUAGAAUAUUCAAAUGGGAAGAAAAUUUCACCUAAUUUCUCAUGUGAGUCUUAAAAAUAUUACAUUUUGAGCUAAGUGACAAAAAGCCUUAUAAAGAAAUCCUUUUUCAUUUUGUAUAAGACUUCCUUAAACCUUCAUUCUUUUGAUUAUGGAAUUGUGUUCUUCAGAAUGUGCCUCCUGGCCUUUCAAUUCCAUCUUUGUGUAGUCAUUCUGAUUUAUUGCCUACAUAUUUGUGAAAGCAGAUCAGUCACAUUGUACUGUAAGUCAACCAGAAUGUUCUGUAUGAGAAGUUGCCUUCUAUGUGCGGCUUUUAUGUCCUGUUUUAUUACUUCAAAAGAAGAUAAUGAUUAUAAGUAAACAUGCUGGUUGAUAAAAUCAAUAUGUUUGGACAGCCAAGCAUAUCUCUGUCUUCGUGAUGCCUUUGUAGUUCUAAAGUAGUCACUGAAGAAUUAAUAGUCCCUUUAACAUAUUUUCUCAAUUCCAAUAAUACUGAUGUUAUUUCAAUAAAACAUUUAGUUCUUUCAGGUUAGAUUAUUUGUUUAAACAAUUGGAGGAUCAAUUCUGUCUUUACCAAUUUUAAAAAGAAAGCGUGUGAAGCCAAGAGGUAGUACAGUAGUUAGGCACUUGGCAGUGCCACACCCAGGCCUGACCCCCAGCACCAAAUGUCUCCUGAGUACUACGGGUAUCACCUCAAGACCUCUCGGCACCACUGGGUGGCUCUGACAGUCUCCAGUGCCGUAGGGCUAAACCAGUAUUGCACCCUUGGCCCUAAUAAUGAAUUUUUUUAACUGGAGCCCCAGCCUCACAUCCAAGGCCUGUGCUCUGCCAUUGAACUACAUCCCCAGUCCAGAAUAUAUUUUUUAAUGUCAAAAAUCCACUGGUUCUUACAAUGAAUAAAGUUUAGUCCAUAUGUACAUCUGCGUACGAUCACAUAAUAUUAAGUGAAGAGAUGUAUGUGUCUGUAAAUAAUAUAAGCUUGUGUGAAAAGUGCAUAUAUCCGUAAACAUCAUGUAAAGUUCUUGACUACUAAUUGAUGAUAAUAGGAUUGAAUUAUGUAUCCUUUUGUGGGGAUGUUUGUGUUGAAUAACAUGAAAUAAUUAGAAUUUUAUCAAGUACAAAAAUCUAUAAACAUUUGUGUGCAGCCUUUGGCUGGGGAAGGUGGGUCUAAUGGGAGGUGCUGCACACUUUCCAGUAAAUGUGGGGCAGUUCUCAUGAGGUGAGUAUUGUUUGUCGCAGCUAACAGAUUGCAGGAACCCUUGCUUUGGCUAAAUCAGAUUUCUGCUUUACUUAUUUACUGGCAUCUCACAUUAUAUAUACAUACUUAGUAAUAUUUACUGGAUUCAGUAUUGAUGUUCACUGUUUCUUGUUGCAUUGGUCUUAAUUCUUAUAGUUAUCCAUUUAAAUUAAGAACUGUGAACAAGGUUUACAAAUAAAAAAAAAACC